AUGGAUAAGAUACUCAAGCACCCGGUAUUGAGAGAGCCAGCCAAGUGGAUUCCCCAUCUACGUCAACAACAUUCGCUGGACUUAGAACUCAAAGGGUUUUAUAAUGUGAAUGCGUUGAUCCAUAACCCCUUGGUAAAGGGCUUAGAAGCAACACAAUCAUCUGUGAGGACAUCGAGAGAAAGCACUGUUGUACAAAUGGGUUCAUCAAACUUCACUACGGCUGUAAGUAAGCUGGCAUCAGCUGUCAAAUUCUCCAGAGGAGCCUUGAUGCGUGUCAUUAUAGGUAAGGAUAGACAAGACAAACAGCUUGGCCUAAUGCCUUUAAUUGGUGGAACUAAGCACGAAGAAUCGCUGUUUACCCCAAUGUAUGUUUACAAUAACAAGAACUAUUUAAAGCAUGUAUUGUUUGGAGAUUUGCUGUGGCGGAAAUAUGCUAUCCCUUUCAAGUUCAAGUUCAAUAACAGACUAAACAGAGGAAUUUUAUCUUCUAUAGUGGAAAGAGAUGUUGUACAACUUGCCGAAAACUUGUAUAAGCAAAAAAUUCUGGAAUUGCUUCCUGAUAAAGCAAUAUCCACAAUUUCAUUACAGAAAGGGCGUGGUUUAAUAUUAACUACGAAAGGUGAAUCCUUAGUCCUGUUUCGUGAUUCAGUUCCAGUGAUUAACUUGGCCAAAAUAUGGCCUGAGUUUGAAAUGCCAGAUGCAGCUACUGAAUUGGCUAUUUCUUACAAGGAUCAUGAAGAGUUGUGUUGUUGCAUUUUCAGUUUCAUUGAUUUCAUGCCUGAACUAUCGUGCCAGGUGUAUUAA